AUUCAAAAUUACACAGUUCAGUUCAAUAUCUUGUUUUGCCUUAGUCAAAAUGCCAAUUGCUGACGAUGCGUGGUUCACUAAUGUGACCAUUAAUCACAUAUCCUGCGAACUGGAGCGUACUCAUUUGGCACGCUCACCUCAGCUGCUGCAGGAGCUGAAUAAUAUUAAAGAGUCCUGUGAUGAAAUGGGCCACGUGGAAUUCUUUCGACUAAAACAAUACCAUAACGGGGACGUCUAAGAAUUCAUAAGAAAGGAGCUGAAAUAAAAAAAAAAAAAAAGCAACAAAAAAUAUAGCCAAAUCAAAGGAAAGCCAUAAGUAACACCUGUCAGGCUGUUCACCUGGCAAUUAAUAAAGCAAACUGCUACGGAACGUAAUAAAAACUCAGCUAAAGCAAACAAAACGAAAAGCGACAACAACUAACACGCUAUCCAAGGAUGGGAGGGAUCGAGGGCUCAAGCAAGGAGGCACAAGAUACGAACACAAAUUGUGACAAACUUACGGGAAAUUUAAUUAAAAUCAAAUACUCACUCA